AUGCAAUAUUCGCUUUCAUCCCGGGAGUUUGCCGAGUCUACCGGGGAUCGUGUCUUCUAUAUCACCUACUACGAUGCGACCGGGCCAAACAGUCAUGUGCCACAAGAGUCCCCGCGAUUUAUGGUAAUCAACGAGGAAAAUCAUGCCUGGGAAACAUUUGGAAUCGACGCGGGUAAGCGAAUUCCAGAGAAUCAUCACGACGGCACCGAUUCCACGAGUUACUGGCAACAGCUUCUCGGCAAUAAUCUCACGUGCGGAAACUGUCCUGUCGCGGUGCCCAAUCUUUGGCAGGUUAGGGCAGGCAGAGCAGACAGUAACAGAGACAAAAACAACAUCAAGGAACAUGGUUAUCUCUGGGGUGGGGUUGUCGUACCAGAAACCGACGCCAGUGUGCUUGCAGAGGGCAUUCGUCGAUUAGCAGCAGCGGGAUGGCCGCCAGUGUGCAUCUUUGUGUGCGAUUUGGCAUGGAGUGUGACUGCGCAUCUGUGGGAUCAAGCUGUGGCUAUUUUAGGUGCGAACGAUGAAGUUUUGCUCGAACCCUCCCUUGCAGCAUUUAAGCUUGAUCCUUCAAAUGAUUGCGAGGGAAGACGAUAUGUUGGAAACAACUUUGGACAACCGCAUCGAGACUAUGCCUAUCAUGACGUGUUUGGUUUGGAUAGCUCAGAAACUGAUGAGAUGCCGAGAGUUCUGUCUGUCUGGCUUCCUUUGGUGGACGUUAACUUGGAAAAUGGGUGCAUGUAUGUGGUUCCUCAGGCUGGGGAUGCAACAGGUGGGCGUGGAGAGGACGGAUCGAGCGCGCCGACCUUCGAUAUCAGAGCAGUCCGAGCCCUGGCUCCGGCGAAAGCUGGGACAUUCUUUGCAUGGGCUGGGAACACCGUGCACUGGGGCUCAAGUUGCACUGAGAAAGGAGAAAACUCGCCAAGAAUUAGUUUGGCCUUUGUUUUCAGGAAAAAGUGUGCAACAUCUGACCUGCGACGAGCACCAUUGAUGCGUGAGGAGCUACGUGCGGGAAUUGACUUGAAUCGACGAUUAGAACUCAUCGAGCACUCGCUAGCUUGCUUCGAGCACUGGUAUGGGGACACAACAACCACAAGACAGCGCCUUCAUAGGAUACGAUCAGCACGAGGACAAUUUUCCUGAGACUACAAAAACAUCUUUUGUCUAUGGGGUAGAAAUAUCGCGGGUUGCAAUCAAAGCCCGGCUCAGACAGUAUUUACAUAGUUUUGCUCCUUCAGCAUCGCCCUCUGGAUUCCUUGCCGUGGCUCACUUGCAGCUAAGGCCACUGAAAGGUCAAGAAGAAAGCUAGCAACAAAGCGAGAGAGGAUCGCGCUUCGAUACACAUCUCGCGCGCCGUGCUGACCCAUUCUUUUCCCGAAAUCUUCUUCUGAGAUUCUUUUAAUAUUCUCCCUACCAUCCAGCAGGAGAUUCACUAGCUUGAUUAACUGGCUUGGGUCACUAGCAAAUGUUUCCUCAGCAAACAUUUCUGGCACAAGCGCAUCGGUCAUGCCGUGACCUUGGGACUUGAGCAAAGAGGCCAUACCAGGUUCUGUCAUGAGUCCAUUCCGUGCUUCCUCAAAUCGCAUCGAACGUUCCGUCUCUGGCAUUUUGUACCAAAAUGAUUUAAGGGCCGAAAGCUGGUCAUCCGCACUCAUGACUUUCAGCAAGUUGAUACUUGCUUCGUGUUGUCGCGACAACAUUAACCAACCCUUCUCCAGGUCAGGAUUAUCUUUCCAUUGAAGCCGCUCUAAUUCCGCCUUGGCGUGCUUGACUUUUACGCGAUGACUUGCGGCAACAUCAAUAUGUCGCGCGUACAAGUAGAUGGCGGCGACAACUGCGCAACUGAGCAGCAAAGAGAAAGCCUGCGGGAGAAAAGCACGCGGAAGUAUUCAAGAAUGGAAAUGUGCUAAACACGGAGGACAAACGAACCAUGACGACGUCCUGGACGAGCGCAUAUUCAGCGUCUCUAACUUCUCUGGCGCGAGCUCUCCUUACAUUCUUAUCUGACAGGUUCCUCACUUGCCGCCGCACAGCUACCAUCGCCGUGCGCUUGAACGCGGUCCGAAGCAAGCAAAAUUCACGGAAAUACGAGUGUAAAUAAAGUACAGUAAUAUAAAUAUCAUACCUUCGUAUUAU